UUCUCUUUUGCAGGAAAAUGCAGGGUAACUAUAUUCGAAGCAAUAUUGUCCAAAAUUUGAGGAAUACACUGACUGAUCAUAACAAAUACAGCUCAGACAACUAUGAUUUGAGACCACGAGGAACGAGUUUCUUCCGAGUCCAUGUAAAGGCACCACCAAAAUCUCAGGUUGAGUUUAGCCUGGUCUAUGAGGAAAUGUUGAUUCGUCGUGGAGGAGAAUAUGAGCCUACCAUUUAUUUACAUCCUGGUAACGUCGUUGAUGAUCUCAAAGUGACAAUUGCGAUCCAAGAAUUACGCCCUCUCGUAAACCUCAGGGUACCUCCAAUAAAAGGAGAACUUAUUUCCAGCUUAGAUAAAAGCAUCCAAAAUGAUAUGGUGACCAUCGAGAGACCUAGUGAGAAAACAGCCAUUAUCAGAAUGCAGGCUUCUCGUCAAGAACAAAUGAAGGAGUCGCAAGAUGGUUUGAAAGGCCUUUUAACUCUCAACUAUGAUACUGAACGAGGAGAAGAUGCUGGAGACUUGAUGAUCUUCAAUGGAUAUUUCCUGCAUUUCUUCGCUCCUAGUCACUAUGGAACUCUGCCCAGAGAUAUAGUGUUUGUUUUGGAUGACAGUGGUUCCAUGGCAGAUUCUAAAUUGGCACAGAUGAAGCUAUCAUUGUUCAAAAUCCUGGAUACACUCUCAGAGAAGGACAGAAUUCACUUCAUUCAAUUCAAUAACUUUAUAAGUCCCCGAAAAGAAGGCUUUGUUGAAGUAACUCCAGAAAGCAUCAAAGAAGCCAAAAAUUAUGUAGAAACGGAAUUCAUAGCCAAAGGAGGUACAAACAUCAAUGAGGCCAUAAUGAAGGGAUUCGAGUCUUUUAAGGACCUUCCACAAAGCGAUGAAGCACGUGCAAGAAUGUUGAUUUUCCUGACUGAUGGUCAGGCUACAGCAGGUGAAACUGACAGAGAACGAAUCUUGAAAAACUUUCAGUCAUCUAACAUGUACAAUGUCAUUGUAUUUGCUAUUGGUUUUGGAGCUGAUGCCGAUUUUGCCCUUAUGAAACGAAUCAGUUUUGAGCAUAAAGGAAUUGCCUGUAGAAUUUAUGAUGCCAAAGAUGCAGAUUCUCAAAUGUACAUGUUUUUCCAGCAAAUUGCGAAAAUUCUCUUGUUGGGUAUUAAUUUUGACUAUGAUUCUAGCUAUGUUGACAAGAAAACAAUAACGAUGGUUGGUGAUGGAAAUUAUUACUCCGGUUCUGAGAUGGGUGUCAUAGGCAAGUUGAGAAGCGGUUAUCGUGGUGACAUUAACAUCAAAGUGAAUGAGUUAAGGAAUGGUCAGUCUAUAACGGUGAAAGAUCUUGGCAAAGUAAAAGUGCAAAAGGAUGAACCUGAAUUCAUGACAAAGUCAGCAUAUGAAAUGAUGAUAGAAAGAAUGUGGGCAUUCAUGACUGUUAAAAGCAUGAUGAGAAAUCUUUACAUGAGAAAAUAUGAGAGAAACUUCCGUGAAAAUUACAAGCAGUUGAGAGCGCUGUCCCUCAAGUAUAAUUUCCUAAACUCCCUCACCAAGAUGCAACUGGAUUUGCCUAAAUCUGGAGGUUUCUCAUCUGAGUUUAUUGAUAUCAACCCAGACUAUCAGAGAGAUAAUUAUGCAAUGUCUCGAAGUGGAAAUGUAGAAUACCUGGCAACUAAGAGACGAGACAGUGGAUUGGUUUAUGACCCACACUUCAUUGUUGAGUUACCAACACUUGAAUUCCCACUCUGUUUUGAAGUCCUGGCCAAUUCUGGACAGAAUAUAUUGCUCCUUGAUGAUCCAGCAACAGGAGACAGAAUUACUGCUACAGUGGUGGCAAGCAAAGUGAAGAACAAAGAUGGACACCAGAGAACAUAUCUUGGAGCAGUGAAAAUCGCCCAUUCUAUGCUUAGUCUUUAUGUCACGCCAAGAAUGAUUCACGUGCAUGGUAUAGUGUUAUCUUGGCUAAAAGAAACAAAUAUGAGAAUAAAAGGAAUGAAACUUGUUGUCACAGGUAGUGGCCAGCAUUUGAAUGUUUACCUAAACAACUCAACACACAUCGUGAUACAACGAACCUUGGUAUCACAUACUGACCCAAAUCGUGUCAGUUUCCUCAAUUUCUACAUCACUGACUACUCUGGCUUGUCUUCAGAUACAACGGGACUACUAGGACAAUUUGCUCAUACAGAUGUAUACUCCAAGAAAUCAAAGCAAUUCCAAAUGCUGUCCAACACUCAAGAACUUUAUGGUAAUGACGGUAAUGGCAGAAACUUUAAGCUCGAUGCCAAACUAAUAGAAAGACUGGAAUUAUUCGAUUCCCGUUCCACAAGGCCUUGUUGGAAAAUACCAAUGGCUGAGAACAGUGUGUUAUUCAGUGGAAAGAAUAUGAAAAACUUCUUUGUGAAGACUUUGUGAUCAGAAGGUUCCAUAACCAAACCAGUACCAAGUAUAUAAAUAUCAUUGGUAAGAAAAUAGGGGAAAAAUUAG